CGCCGCCGCCACCACCGCCAUCCCGGCGCUUCCCACCUUCGGCUUUUGCCACGAUGCUCCGUCUCCGGCCGUCCGCCCUGCCUCCCAGGCAGCCAUAGUCCGAGCUCAUCUACCCUGAUUCCCUGACAUUGCCCCCCGAGCUUCUUUCCCGUCAAUUCCCAGGGCUAGGCCAUUCGCCGCCUUCUACGAUCCAUAUCUUCAUCGGCGCCCUUUCACUCUUCCGUGAGGCCAAUGCCCGACCAUCCUUCUCCGUGUGGCCGCCACCCCCAAAUCCUGCUGGAUCGAAGAUGUUUAGUGGGCCAGUUGAAAAAUUCCACCACCGCAAAAUCCAAGAACAGCAAAGGGGUUCAUUUGGAGGUUUCUUUUGAAGCAGCUGACCCUCCAGCCAUCUCACUGUGCCUGGUCAGUUGCGUUGAUCAGACCGGGGAUCGCUUGGCAGCACAGCCUCGUAUACUUGGCGUAACUGGAGGCUUUGUACUGCUGGCUAUCACCUUCUCGGACAGUGUCAACCCUUACUUGCGGUUCAUCGACUAUUUUGUUUACAAAGCAGGGCCGGAUUUCGCCUCUCUUCAUCUUCUUGCAAGGCCAUAUCCAUCUUCUUUUUCGCCAAAUUUGGCUGCCAUCUUGCCGGUUUGUGAUAACAGUGAAGACUUUGCUGUCAUUUUUCCUCAUGUUGAAUAUUUCAGACUUGAGUCUCGCAAACAUUACACACUCCACAUAUAUCGAUCCGACACGAAUGAUUGGCACUCUCAGGUCGCUUGUAUCGCUGAGGAUGAUGAGACAAGGAAUGCCAGGGAUAAGCUAUUGCUUCAUAAUACCAUGAGCGUAGCAUAUGCAGAAAAGGGUAUCAUAGGUUGGAUUGAUCUCUGGUGGGGAAUUCUCUUAUGCAAUGUUUUGGAUAAAAAGCCUACCAUCCGUUUUGUUCCGUUGCCAGUUCCGGAACCGUGUGAUACGUCUGAGUUCCAUUUGAUGUUCGAGAAUCUCACUCCAAGACCACACCGUCAUGUGACGAUAUUCAAUGAUUUGAUCAAGUGUGUUGAGUUAGAUUUUCAUGUGCAAGAUGCUUUCUGCAACAUGAAGCGAGCAAAGGAUUAUGGCUGGAUGGCUAAAACAUGGACUAGAUCAAUUUAUUCAGAUGUUUGGUGUGAUGGCUUGACGAUUGAUACGUCUGAGAUAUCUUUCACCGACUCAAGUUUGCCGAAUUUGUUGCCUGGGAUGUUUGAUGAGGAAAACAAUUUGACUUGGAAGAAAUUGACUAGUGCUGGUCCUACAUUAAGCUUGCUUGAUGACAAUGUUAUUUACAUUAUGGCGAAGGAGAGCAUGUGCCAUCCGACAGCAUAUGUACUUACUGUGGACACCAAAAGUUUGAAGCUCGAGUCUGGUGCGCAGUGUGCUCCUCAAAAGACGGCGUGGUUCGAACCAACAUAUGAACCAUGUGUUCUUUUUAGCUCUUUUGGCACGACUUCAGAGUUGGUUAAAGAAUUUGAAACCAAAGGGACAAUAUUUGAAAUCAAGGAAGGGCCGGUGCUCUCGGUGGUGUCGAAGCGUCUCCGUGUGCUGCGGAAGAAGCAGAAUCGCAUCGCGCAGAUGGAGGAGUCCGUCGCUGCCGGCAAGAUGCUUAACCAGGAGCAGAAGGAGCUCAUGCACUCCAAGCCCGUCAUCGCCGCGCUCAUUGACGAGCUUGAGCGCCUCCGCGUACCACUCUCCACCGCUCUCACCCAGGAGCUCUCCACCGUCCCUGCACCUGCUGCCGGUUCCUCAUCCUUUGGCUCCGAUUUGUCCAUCCAGGACCUCCUCGCACUCAUCUACUUCGGCUCCCUUUUUUAUGUCAAGUCACCGAACGAGUUCAUCGCCACCAUGGUUGCGCGCAAGCACGAACGGAGCAGCUGCAUCACCCACGGCUACGUAUGGGAUGAUACCGUGGACCUGCUCGUGGAGAACGACCUUGACGCAGUGUCUGCUGUGGCGGCCCUUGCCGCGGCUCGCCCUUCUUCCACAGAUGGUGUCUCCCACCACGACGCACUCCAGGCCUGUGUCCAUCAUGCCCGCCUAUGGCUAACCCGUGCUGAUGCGCCGAUCCACCCUGGCUCCUCUGUUACAUAUGCUGCGGUGAGGUCCAAGUUAGACAGGAUCAUGGCAUCAGACUACUACACAGCACCUGCAGUUGCUGGGAACCAUGGAGCUGAAGGUCUGCAGGCACAGAUGAGCAUGACCGACUCACCAGAGGGACCAUCACUCAAGGAGAUCCUAGCUGCUGAAAAUCACAAGAUCCAUGAUGUAGUUUGUGGAGCAAGCAAUGCUUGCAGAAGAAGAUGAGUGGACCACCUGAUGAGUUCACUAGUAGAGGGUGGUUGAUUUCAAUGGAAAACACUCUCACAGAUUGGUUUGGAGUGAUGCAAGAUUGGGAGCAUGUUGUUGGAGGGGGCUUGGGUGAGCGGCGACGGGAGAGGAGGCCACUCCGCGGAACCGUCUCCGUCUCCCCCAGCGAGCAGUUAUUUCAUGAACUCGUUGCUGCCACAAAUGCCAAUGCACCUGCUGAGCAAGCUGAGAAGGCUGAAACUCUGUCUGUUUCAGCGAGCACCAAGGGCCAUCUGUUUCAGCAAGCUCACAUGAGACUACUUUUGCACAGUUUGUAACAUGGUUGAACUGAGAGUACUUGUGCAUGAAAAGAUAUCAAUACAUGUGCAAGAAUAUU